AUGGAUCCUGGGCCGAUUGUUUGGUUCAUGAUCAUCUUUGGUGGAUGUAUUUCACCCUCCAUUUGCACUGACAAGUUGUUCCUGGCUGAAGCAAGUCAGGCUGUGAUUAUAAUGGCAGAGGCAAAGGACUACAGUUUCGUCAACCAGUCUUUCACUGUACUUCCUUUGAUCGGUCUAACGUUUCCUGUAGGUGUUGAAUAUGACCCGAUUGGUGACCAGGUUUAUUGGACUGACGCAAUAUUGCAUACUGUUAAUAGGGCUAGACUGGAUGGAUCUUCUCAAGAAAUUAUUGCACAGUUACAAGGAGUAGCCGGUGGUUUUCACUAUCCGUACGGAAUAGCCCUGAACCUUGACGACAAUAAGGUCUACUGGACAGAUCAAUAUCGUGACGUCAUCGAGAUGUCAAACCUUGACGGCACAGAUAGAGUGGUCCUCCUCACAAUGGGCUUUAAUGCGUUCCCUCAUGCAAUCGUCUAUUCACCAUUUCGCAGGAAGAUUUACUGGACUGACAACGGGCAAUACUCCAAGAUUGAAAUGGCCAAUCCAGACGGGACAGAACGUGAGACACUCGUUGAUGACAAAGUGGAGUUUCCGUUUGGCGACCCAACUGCCAUCUGCCUGGAUUCUACCGAGCGAGUACUUUACUGGGCCGAUAUCACGGAAGACAGCAUUAACGUUCUGAACCUAGACACCAUGGAACACGGCUUUUUCCGUAUUAACAAUUCAACGCAGCAUCCACUUGAUCUCGCUCCAUAUGGCGUAGCAAAAUAUUUCGAGGAUAUUUAUUUUACGGACAACAAUUACAAUGGACUAUAUAAUGUUGAUGUACCUGAGAAUAAUAUAUUCCUUGUAUGGGGAUUGCCCGCACCAGCUGAAAUUCAUAUAUAUGUAGAUAUAGAUGAUUGUAGCCCGUCUCCUUGCAUGAAUGGAGGGCUGUGCACAGAUGGCGUAAAUGCCUUUUAUUGCACUUGCAGUCCUGGUUACACUGGCGCAACGUGUUCAACAGUCAUCACCGGUUGUGGUCCUGACCGUUGUAUGAAUGGUGGAACCUGUAGAGAUGGAAUAAACUCUUACACCUGCGAUUGUGCCCCUGGCUUUACUGGCAUCAUUUGUUCGAUAGAUAUCAACUGUUGUGACCCUGACAGUUGCAUAAAUGGUGGGACCUGUAAAGACGGAAUAAAUGUGUAUACUUGCAAUUGUGUUCAUAUCAACGAUUGUGAUCCUGACAGUUGUAUGAAUGGAGGAACCUGUAGAGAUGGUAUAAACUCUUUCACCUGCGAUUGUGUUGAUGGUUUUACUGGAAGUACUUGCUUCAUAGAUAUCAACGAUUGUGACACUGACAGUUGUAUGCAUGGAGGAACCUGUAGAGAUGGAAUCAACUCUUACACCUGCGAUUGUGUUACUGGCUUCACAGGUUCACUUUGCUCAACAAAUAUCAACGAUUGCGGUCCUGGCAGUUGUAUGAAUGGAGGAACCUGUAGAGAUGGAAUAAACUCUUACACCUGCGAUUGUGUCACAGGAUUCACAGGUUCACUUUGCUCAACAAAUCUCAACGAGUGUAGUCCUGACAGUUGUAUGAAUGGUGGAACCUGUAUAGAUGGAAUGAACUCUUUCACCUGCGAUUGUGUUCCUGGCUUUACUGGCAGUAUUUGUUCCAUAGAUAUCAACGAUUGUGACCCUGACAGUUGUAUGAAUGGUGGAACCUGUAGAGACGGAAUAAACUCUUACACCUGCGAUUGUGCCACUGGCUUUACAGACGCACUUUGCUCAACAGAUAUUAACGAUUGUGACCCUGACGGUUGUAUGAAUGGUGGAACCUGUAGAGAUGGAAUAAACUCUUUCACCUGCGAUUGUGUUCCCGGCUUUACUGGCAGUACUUGUUCAAUAGAUAUCAAUGAUUGUGACCCUGACAGUUGUUUGAAUGGUGGAACCUGUAGAGAUGGAAUAAACACCUUUACCUGCGACUGUAUUAUUGGCUUUACUGGAAGUAUUUGUUCGACAGAUAUCAACGAUUGUGACCCUGACAGUUGUAUGAAUGGUGGAACCUGUAGAGAUGGAAUAAACACCUUUACCUGCGAUUGUGUUGCUGGUUUCACAGGCUCACUCUGCUCAACAAAUAACAACGAUUGUGACCCUGACAGUUGUUUGAAUGGAGGAACCUGUAGAGAUGGAAUAAACUAUUACACCUGUGAUUGUGCUGCUGGCUUUACAGGUGCACUUUGUUCAACAAAUAUCAAUGAUUGUGACCCUGACAGUUGUAAGAAUGGUGGAACCUGUAGAGAUGGAAUAAACUCUUAUACCUGCGAUUGUGUUGCUGGCUAUACUGGCAGUAUUUGCUCGAUAGAUAUUAACGAGUGUGGUGCUGGCAGUUGUUUGAAUGGUGGAACCUGUAGAGAUGGGAUAAACUCUUACACCUGUGAUUGUGUUCCCGGCUUUACAGACAUACUUUGUUCAACAGAUAUGAAUGAAUGUGCAUCAGAUCCUUGCAUGAAUGGCGGAACCUGUAUAGAUGACAUCAACUCAUUUGUGUGUGACUGUGUUCCUGGCUAUACUGGAAGCAUGUGCUCAUUGCGUAUCACCGAGUGUGAACCGAACCCAUGUUGGAAUGGUGCCACUUGUUUUUCUGGAACAGAUGGUGUUUUGUGUAAAUGCAUUCCUGGGUACACCGGGUCUUUUUGCACGAUAGAUAUUAAUGAAUGCGACACAAAUCAGUGCCUGAAUGGAGGAACUUGUAGAGAUGAAAUAAACACUUUCACGUGUGAAUGUGUACCCGGCUAUACUGGAAGUGUCUGCUCAAUAAAUAUCAACGACUGCCACCCAUCACCUUGCAAGAAUAAAGGAACGUGUGUAGAUGGUAUCAACUCUUUCUCUUGUAUCUGCGUUACGGGUUAUACUGAUAGCACUUGCUCUACAGCAAUCGAUCGUUGUUUCCACGAAAAUCCAUGUGGAGUGAAUGAAGUCUGCACUGACACGAAUUUGGUAGAAGCUGGCUAUUAUUGUAAUUGUUCCGAAGGCUUCGCCCGAAGAAACGACAUUUGCAUGGUUUCUAUGGCUAUCGGUGGCUUCAUCAGAAUAUCCCGUCUUAACGGUCUAUUAAUACCUUUCACGGAAUCGCUGAAUGACCCACAAUCAGAAGAUUACCGAAAUCUUGAAAGAAGUAUUUUCAAAACCCUCUAUGAUGCUUUGAUAAACAUGAUUAACGACGACGAAUGGGAUCUCUUCAUAACUGGAUUCUCGGCUGGAAGCAUUGUUGUCGAUUUCAAAGUACUGAUCUUCAACCCAAACCGGGAUAACCUGAAGGAAAAAUCAAAGGCAGUGGAAACUUUACUUGGACUUCAACAACCAGGAGUUUGGGAAAGUGCAGAUGGUGCUGUCAGUCUAAACGUGGAGUCUAUAACUGUCUUUGGUGACAUUUGUUUUGCUACUCCAUGUUUGAAUGGAUUGUGUGUUACGUCACCUGGGGAUAUCAACUACAUAUGUUAUUGCCACUACGGGUAUACAGGAUUGCAUUGUGAAACAGAGAUAACUUGCAGUCUGCCUUCUCAUCCGAGGGGUCACGUUGUAAUGCCUCAAGACAUCUACAGAAGAGAAGAUCUUGUCACCAUACAGUGUGAUGAAAGAAAUGAAUCUGUUACAUGGCAAUGCAAUGGAACUUCUGGAACUUGGGUGGAAUUGAGAGACCUCGACUGUUCCCCAGACACACCAGAAGGAGUAACAAGAACUACUACAAUAAUAAUUUCAGUCACUGUGCCGAGCUUGAUAAUUGUGUUUAUACUUGUCGUAGCCCUAUUAAGAAACCGUAUCUGGAAGUAAGUAUUUUUAAUCGUCUUACUCUUUUUUUUUUUACUUCGUUCACAGUGUAAAUAUUUUAUUUGCUAAUUCAUGUAAUUUAAAUGCAAGGGCCAUCCUCAGAACAGGCUCUCUGUGAGAGAUGUGGCAUUGAUUCGACUCAAUUUAGAUAUUCCACAUCAAAAUAUAUAUAGGUUAAAACUAAUCCAGGGGUGUGACAGACGUCGGUGGCCAGGUGGGACAAAAGCCAAAAAUUUCUGGUCAUUUCAUGGUAUGAACGGGAAAUUGGGUAACGAGACAAAGUAAAAUUGGGGCGAUGUGGUGUAAAGGGGCCCCCCCAAAAAAAAAAAAAAGAAUAUAUAUGUAUAUAUGUGUGU